AUGGAAUCAACAGCAGUGGCGUUGUUCAACCCGAAUACCUCGCAGAUCACACCCCUCGCUGGACUCUCAGGCCAGGUCAACGCCUUGUUCUGCGACAACGACAACAACACGGUGUACGUUGGCGGAAACUUCAAGGGAGCGGAAUCCACGAACGCCAUCGCCUGGGUCGGCACCCAAGGCUGGACAAACCUGCCGUUUGCUGGCUUCAAUGGACCCGUCACAUCCAUCACCAAGGCCUCGAAUGGCCACAUAAUAUUUGGCGGCAGCUUCACAGGGUUGGGUAAUGCAAGCGCGCCGAGUCGGCCUGAUGAGCAGAUCAUCAAUCUGUCGUCUGCCACGAUCACCUCGGGCUCCUCAACUACCCAGUCAGGUUUCAGCGACCCGAAGAACAUCAUCUGCAAGACUAGCGGCGCCGAUGGACAGGGCAACACUUGGCUCCUCCAGGACAACGCCGCCGGCUUCUGGCAAGCGAAGAUGGAAUUUGGAUAUCAGCCUACCAAGCUUCGCAUCUACAACACACAUCAAGAUGGCCGUGGGACAAAGACUUGGCGAUACACCGCCUUUCCCAUAAACGGCAUCAUGAACUUCACAUAUAUCGAUCCGUCAACAGGGCAAAAUCACUCGUGCACGAGCGAAUGCCCUCUAAGCGAUGAUACCAGCGUCGAGUUUCAGGACUUCCAUUUCGUCAAUGUGAUUGGGAUGAAUGGGUUUCGAAUUGAUAUUUCUGAUUGGUACGGCAGUGGCGGUGGUCUGAAUGGUAUCGAAUUGUUUGAAGAUGACAUCUUUGCCUAUGCAAUCAACGAUUUCAAUGAGCCGACUUGCGCCAGUCUCGAGGCACCCUCAAACGCGACUCGCACAGGCCCGUGGACUGUAUCGCCUUCGCAUUCAAGCAUGUCCCAAUACUUGACCGCUCAACUUGAGGGUACAAUUGACGAAUCAUCAGCUUCGGUUGUAUUCACGCCUGAUAUCAGGGAGUCUGGCAACUAUUCCGUCAACUUGUACACUCCCGGAUGUCUCCAGGAUGGCACGUGUGAUACACGUGGACAGGUUGAUGUCACUGGCAUCAUGUCAACCACGGACACCAACCCACUAAACACCUCUCUCUAUCAGACUAACAACUUUGACAAGUAUGAUCAGAUCUACUUUGGCUAUAUCGAAGCUAGCUCAAGCUCUUUCAAGCCGACCAUCACCAUGACCCCCAAGAGUGGCCAGUCGAUCACCAACAUGACAUUUGUCGCCCAACGUGUCGGUUUUACGCUGCUCAACACAACCGGCGGUCUCAAUGGCUUGUUCGAGUACGACCCGAGUAGCUCUGUCGUCAACACCACGGAUUUCCAAACCUCGACUUUCGACAAGUUGGGCAUGGGCUUUUCCGCAGGGUCGGCUGUCAAGGCCCUCGCAACCUCGGGCGACGUGACAUAUAUUGGAGGAAACUUCACAUCCACCAAGGCAAAAAAUAUUGUGUCUGUCAAUGCUCAGGAUGCCUCAGUGCAGACUCUUGACGGUGGUCUGAAUGGGCAGGUCUUGUCGAUGUACCUCAAUGGGUCGAGCCUCUACGUGGGCGGCACGUUUGACAAUACCCUGGACAACGGCGCUACUGGACUCAAUAACUUCGCUCUCUUUGAUACAUCCAAAAGCUCCUGGACUGCCCUUGGUGCUGGCGUGGACGGUCUUGUGCGAUCCGUCGUUCCACUAACCAUGAACGUCUCAAGCGCAGAGCCCGAGCUUGUUAUCAGCGUCUCCGGCGACUUCUCGCGAUUGCUCGCAUUCAGCAAUAACCAAGAUGUAGCAGCUGAUGGGUUUGGUGUCUGGGUGCCCUCUCAGAAUAAUUGGCUACGAAAUUUGGACCUUCCAGUUGAGUCAAUUGAUGGUAUCCUGUCAAGUGCGAUCCUCGAUAUCACAGGCGGCGCGCUAUAUGCAGGUUCUCUAUCGUCAUCAUCCUUGAGCGCCAACGGCGCUGCUACCAUGACGGACAGUUUUGGCAGACUCCCAGUCAAUAUCCAGUCUCAGACUGCCGAGUCCAGCACAGGCGUUACCAAGAGGGACACCACAAGUGAAAGUUCCGUAUCAGGCAUUGUUACAGGAGCAUUCUACAAUGAAGGCGGUCGAAAUGUCACUAUUCUUGCAGGUCAUUUUUCUGCAACCGCCACCAAUGGCUCUACCAUACAUAACCUCCUCUUUCUGAACGGCUCAAACAGCGACAAUGUUUCCGGUCUUGGCUCGGAGAUCUCAGAGAGCUCAAACUUCGUUGCUCUGGCUGUCCAAGGAGAUAAUCUCUUCGCUGGUGGCAAUGUGACCGGCACUGUCAAGGGCGGAAAGGUCAGCGGGCUCAUUUCAUUCAACCUCCUUGCAAACGCCUACAAUACCCAACCGCCAGCCUUGUCUGGUGGCAACAGCACUGUCAGCUCCAUUCAGGUCCGACCAAAUACCGGCGAUGUUUACGUUGGUGGAUCCUUCACAUCGGCUGGAUCGCUUGGCUGCCCAGGUGUUUGCUUCUUCAGCACCACCGCAGGCCAAUGGAAUCGUCCCGGCCUUGACCUUGCCGGUACAGUCAACGCUCUAAUGUGGUCAUCGGAAUCAACACUAGUGGCCGGAGGCAACUUGACCGUCAGCCAGUCCAACGUCUCUUAUCUCGCUUCGUACGAUGCUAAGAAGCAAACCUGGACGAGCUUCUCGGGUGCCGAGCAGCUACCAGGUCCUGUCGAUGUCCUCACUGCUGCAUCUUCCAACGGAAAGGAGGUGUGGGUGGCAGGCACUGUCAACUCCAAUGGCUCGGUGUACUUAAUGAAAUACGAUGGAUCCAACUGGAACACGGCGGGCGCGACACUCGACCCUGGUACGGAGGUCCUAGGCCUGCAAAUGUUUUCUCUUACGUCGAAGCACGACUCCACCCCAAUCGUGGACUCGGACCAGGUCCUGAUGUUGACCGGUCGUAUCAUGAUUCCAGGCUUCGGCAGUGCCAGCGCCGCCAUGUUCAAUGGUACCACCUUCCUCCCAUAUGCGCUAACCACCAACACGGGCAACACCGGAGGCACCAUUUCAAGAUUCUUCACGGAGAAGUCAAACUUCUUCUCAAGUAAAGGUGGCCAUCUUUCACUUGCAGCAGUUGUGCUCAUCGGUCUGGGCAUAUCGCUAGGCCUGAUGUUACUGAUUGUCGUCCUUGGCCUGCUAUUAGACCGACUUCGGAAGAAGCGUGAAGGUUAUGUUCCUGCUCCAACUUCGAUGUAUGACCGGGGCAGCGGCAUCCAGAGGAUACCGCCCCACGAGCUGCUCGAAUCGCUAGGGAGAGGGAGGCCUGGUGCACCACACGUUUGA